AUGGAGGAUUUGUCCAUUGUCAGCUUUGAUGACACCCGGCUCAGGACACGGGCUCUUUCGCCAAGGGCUUAUCCGCGAAAUUGGACUCCUUGGGUGCAUGCGCAGGCAGCCAAGUUGGGUUUGAGGGUGCGCAACUACCGCGAUGAGAAUGGCGAGGACAUGUUGAAGGCGAGAAAUCAAACUGCAGCAACUGGUGGAAGGUCGGACUGGGCGUCAGAGGUUCGAGAGCGCCUGGCCAACGUGAAAGAGGACUUCAUAUUUAAAAACCUGGAUGAGGAGGAACGGGCCGUGGUGCACGAAGUCGCUCGUCAAGUCGGCCUACACAGCAGCGAGAAAGAAGGCGAUGCUGGCAAACGAAAUGUGAUCGUUUCCAGCAGUCCCGGAACCACCGAGGCCAAGGUCGGUGGCAAUGGUGGAGGUGUCGGAAUUGUAGGUGGAUUGGAGCUUCCCAACGCAGGAUCUUUCCGUCCGGAUGCAUCUGGGAGCCUUUCAAAUCCGGGUGAUGCGAGUCCCGGGCGGUCCGUGAGCGCCUUCGGAGAGCUUCCCUUGGAGACCUCCAUGAGUCUUUCGCACUCGCGAGGUGGUUCGAGUGCCAGUGAUGGAGACAAUGACGAGGGUCAGACCGCGGAGGCGAAACAGGAGGAUAGCUUGGGAGGAGGCAGUUCUCCGACCUCCUCAAGUGCAUUGAUCUCUCAGGCGUUUGAUUCUUAUGCCACUGGAACUUCUUCCAGCGGUCAACGGAUCUUUCUUCGCUUUGUGGAUCUGAAAGGAUUCGCCGGGGACUUGCGGGACGCAAUGCCCAAGAAGAGGCGGCCGCAGGCGCAUGAGUUCGCAGCGGUCCUGGAAAUUUGCUUCGAUGAUACCGCACAGCUUCAAUCCAACCUUGGUGUGCGCGUCGGAUCAGGACUGACGUUGCAGUUUUUUCAAGUCUUCAUUCAGAAGGCGAUGAACCGGCUGGGCCUUCAAAUUGCUUCGGUGCUCUUUGAGGUGCUUGCGCAACAUGACGACGAGUGAGCCGCCGUUCGCCGAUCUUCGCCAGGGAAUUUUUGUGUCCUGGUGGUGGGAAUCACUUGAGCUCUUAGGCAGAGCAUGGCAGAGCUCAUUGCCCAGUAGGGCACGGCACAUUUAACUGCUUGGUUAUAUUGGAGCUCGAGCCAGAUGACUGCGAU